CAUUCACCUACUCCAAAAUACUGAUAAACUCUCUCUCUCUCUCUCUCUCUCUCUCUCCCCGUUAAUUGUACGUUGAUAAUACUCCUGGUUCUUUUUCAAGGGAGAGAUCAAACUGACAUCGAUCACCUUGCCCAACUUCUAUGCUUUUCCAGUCAUGAGCAAUAAACCUUACUUUGAUCCCGACUUUGAGAACCACCUGGAGAGGAUAAAUGGACCCACCUGCAGAGUUUGCAUUGACAACGAAAGCAUGGAAGAUUGCACAGUAGUUAAGGUUGAUAGCGUGAAGAAGCAGGGCCUUCUCCUGGAAGUGGUUCAGGUGUUGACAGAUCUGAACCUUACAAUUUCAAAGGGCUUUAUUUCAUCUGACGCAGGGUGGUUCAUGGAUGUUUUUCAUGUUAAAGACGAGCAUGGCAACAAAAUUACCGACCAGAAAGUCAUUAACUAUAUGCAGCAGGGCAUAGAUACAGCAAAGGGAACACCAAAGUCGGCCAAGGCAAAGGCAUAUGCGAAUAAGAUUUUCAGACCUGAACACCAGAAUGGGCACACGGCCAUCGAAAUGAGCGGAACAGACAGGCCCGGUCUAUUCUCCGAGAUAUCAGCCGCAUUAGCCGACCUUCAUUGCAACAUUGUGGAAGCUCAUGCGUGGAGUCACAAUGAUCGCCUGGCAUGUGUUGCCUACAUUUCAGAGCAGUCCACCGACGCCCCUAUCGACGACCCCACCCGCCUCGCCACCAUCGAAGACCACCUCACCAUGGUCCUCCAGGCCACCACGGCUCCGAGCCCUAGUGGGAACCAGGCCAACCAACAAGAAGUUAAGACCGCAGGUUUUCUUGGAGGAUCAGAAGAAGGAACCAUGACGAAUGUGGAACGCCGGUUGCAUCAGCUCAUGCUUUCAGUUCGGGACUUCGACGGGCCGUCCGGGCCCCCGAGUUUGCCCGCGGUGACGUCCACGGGAUCGGAGGAAAGUGACGAGGAAGGGAGGAAAACAAUGGUGAAGAUUGAGAGCUGUGACGAGAAGGGAUACUCGAUAGUGAGCAUAGACUGCAAGGAUCGGCCAAGACUCAUGUUCGAUACAGUGUGCACGCUUACUGACAUGCAGUACGUGAUUUUCCAUGCUUGCAUAAGCUCAGGUGGAGGUUAUGCCUUUCAGGAGUAUUUUAUCAGACAUAAAGAUGGGCGAGCCUUGAGUACAGAAAGCGAGAAGGAACGAGUAAUAAAAUGCUUAGAAGCUGCCAUAGAGCGACGGGUUUGCGAGGGAGUUCGGCUAGAGCUGUGUGCCGACAACAGGGUGGGCUUGCUCUCCGACAUAACUCGGGUUCUCCGAGAGAACGGUCUGACCGUUGUCCGAGCAGAUGUAGCGACGCAGGGAGAGAAGGCCGUGAACGCUUUAUACGUGAAAGACAUUUCAGGGAAUGAGGUGGACAUGGAAUUUGUAGAGUCGAUGAAGAGACAGAUGGUCGGUCCGAUAGUCCUUCAAGUCAGGAACGAGACCAAGGGACAAAGCUUGCCGGAUCAACGCUCUUCCCGUUUCUCUAUGGGAGACAUGCUCAAAUCUCAGAUCGACAGCUUCUUUCACAGCUUUGUUACUAUCAAGUAACAAAAUUUAGGCCAUUAAUUAAUCCUCACCUUGUAUUAUCAUAUUUAUAUAUAUAAUUACCGUUGUAAAUAAAAAGGAUUAAUCUAGCUAGAAGAAGGAUUUGUAAUAUAUAUAUGUGGAAUUUUUUCUGGUUGUAAAUAAAAGAAGAUUAUGAUAAUUAUAUAUAGUCAGAUAAUUUCUAAGAGCAUUGCCAUCGAA